UAUUGUUCCUGGACAGUUGGAGUUUCCUCCCAAAGUGGAGAUCUUUUGCCCAAGUCAGUCUUGCGGGUGGCAGCGCCCGCGUAGCCGUUUCGAUGUGGCUGUUGGUGUGGAAAGAGUUGGGGGAGUCGUAGAGUGUCCUUCUGUCUCUGGGCCUUGCAGUCAAGUGUUGGAAUGGUUUGAGAAGGAUUAAGAAAUUCAUUCAGUGCAGUGUCAGUGUGACAAGAGAGUGGGCCAGCGCAGGGAACUCAUCACGUAAGGAAGUUUUCUCUAAAAGUUUCGCGGAGGAAGGACUCCGGCAGAUGAUAAGCCUACUUCUGUGGAUUCUGUCACCAUUUCAAUAGCGAUAGAGUUAAAGGAAAAACCCAAGCAUGGCUUGAUGCCAGUAAAGGGGAAGAUUGAAGAAGAUGUAGAAGCUUUUUGAAGAAUUGUGAGAGUUAGUUUAGUGAACUACACGUAGCUGGAAGUCAGUCUAUCAAUUCAUAGUAAAUUGGCGAAAGUGAUUGUUUUGUGAUUAUCGUGGAGUGUAAUCAAAUCGUUCAAUUACUGGAGCUGGCCGUAGACCACGAAAUGAGGGCCUAUGGUGGGUUUAUUUUCUUACUGUUUAUGGAUAGUUUGAAUGGUUGAAACGUGAUCCAAUGCAUUGAAGCUACGACUCUGGGGCAAGUGAUGGAGACGCAUGGUACUCGUUAAAAAGGAAAUGAAAUUACUUUGCUGCAUUUCAUCGCUGCAUGUGAAAAGUGAGCGCCAAACAGUGGAUUAAUGUGAAAAAACUUACCGUAACAAAGACGACCUGCGUGGGAUUUAAGCAAUGAGAUUGAUUUGGCAGUGUGAAUUUACGUCGUAGCCAAAGCCGUUCAAAAUUAUAAUUAGGUAGUGUGCGAUGCAAAUCAAAUUAAUAAUACAUUAAGUGGAUUCUUCACGAUUGGCUCUGGAUUCAAAAUGGAAGAAAUCAGACAACCAGAUAAUUAGUGUAAGAAUAAGCAUCUUAUUAUAAAUAAAUAGUGAUCAACUAGUUUUGGAGAACCAGUUCUUAGUGUAAUUGUCCUGAUUAGGAUAAUUGCAGAAUUAUUCCAAAUCGCCCUACUACUUAUAUGUCAAACGACUAUCCUAAGUGAAACAUACAGAAAUAACAAGAGAUUCCAACCCAGUCAGUGUUGUCACCUAAUAAAAAUCUUUCUAAAGUGGACAUGUUCCUUAAAAAACAAACGGGGGUCCACAUUUCGUCGGCUCGCUAGUCAGCAGUGCAUUCUCCGUUGGUGGUAAGCGGAUAAAAGUGUCCCGAGGUUCACAUAACGAUUAAUUGGAUUAAAAAUUGCCCAUGCCAGCUAGUGGGGCUGUAUAAGUGAAACAGUGUAACGAACGAAGAGAAUCUUGGUGGAAACGAUACAUAGAUAGCAAUUACCGCCCGUUAGGCCUUCUCGGUUCGGCUUGGCCGGGAAGGGGCCCUGGUCCUAUUUCCGUGCUUGUUUUGCCAGGGGACGCAUGGAUGGUUCCCAUACAUGGAGAAGGUUGUUCAACGAAAUAAACUGAAAGAAGCACCACCCCAGUGGGAUUCAUCUCCAGUGGCGAGCCAUCAUGAAUAAGCCCCCGGUAGCAGUGUUACCAACCGUCGCCCUCAACCCAGCAGCAGUGGAUGUCAUCACUAAUUGCCCGUGACGAUUUACUGGGGCUGAUUCCCGGGAUACGUCUCGGAAGCAGAAAAGAACCAGGGGAAAGAAAUUAGUGGCGUGAAGCUCUUUGUAGAGCGAGAGAGUUGAUUUCCGAGUGCAGUGGAGGAAAAUCGUGCUUCCCAGCGAGGCCCUUGAAAACGUCAGCUGCGACCACGAUAGACAGUGCGGGCGGUGAGGGUUCGCGGGCUUAUAAUGGUUCUUGGUUGAGUUGGCCUGUGAAAAGAUAAAAGUGGGAAAAUAAUCAUAGGAAAGAAAGUUCAGCGGUGAAGGGCACAAGUGGGUUAUUUAUAGGAAAAGCGAAGCCUGCGGGUCGUUCCGCUUCCUCAGAUCCAGUUCAGUGCGGUCAACACAAUGAAACUGAGUGUCAGUGCCUAUCGAGCUCAUGCCUCAGCACACAAGAAGAUCCUCUCCAGUAGCAGCUACCAGACGCAGUUCAACUACGGAAGCACGGCAGCCGCCUCCGGUUCAACUCCGACGUCGUCGGCUCUGUUUUCAAUGGACCCGGCCAACCCGAACGCGGCGCUGAUACCGACAUGUGCAACGAUAUCCACCGGCACCAGUGUCACCAGUCCCAGUUCGGCAAUAGCGACCAUCGGCGGAGGAGGAGGCGGCGGCGGCAUCGGCGGACUCGGUUCGCCUUCGUCGGCCGUGGUCCCCGUCGGCGGCGGCGGCCAUCCGUCGACAACACUGCUCAGCCCAACACUCCUCUCGCCGGGAACGAACACCGGUACGGCCUCCAUUGCCACCUCCCGGGAUGACGAGGACGAUUCCAGCAAUCAGAUUUCGUCCACUGGCAGCAAGAGCUCCGGCCAGCGGACCAAAUCGAACCAGCGAUGGAUGAAGCUCCGGACCACGGUGCAGAUUUCGUCUGCCAUGUCUGUCAAAAAACCACCACUCAAGCGAGAGGAUUCCUUCCUAAAGCGGUUUUCCACGCGUCAGAUACCGGAGGCACAGGAAACGGUGGAGGAUACCGGUUCGGAGGGUGCAACCGACGCGGACAAAACCGCGCGCCGCAGGCGGCGGCUGAAAAUCCCGAAAACGGUGGUCAACCCGGACGAGAACUUCUACUUCUACUGGCUGAUGGUGGUCACCAUCGGUAUUCUGUAUAACCUGUGGACGCUGAUCGUGCGGCAGAGCUUUCCGGAGCUGCAGACAAACGCUUCCAAAUUUUGGCUGAGCUGUGAUUGUUUAACCGAUGUUGUUUUUAUACUAGACGUAGUGGUCCAGCUGCGGACCGGCUAUCUCGAACAGGGAUUGAUGGUCUACGACUCAAGGAAACUGGCCGGUCACUACCUGCACUCGAGUGAAUUUUUACUAGACCUAGCAACUUUAGUACCUUUAGAUAUCUUACAAAUUCGCCUCGGUACACAGCCCUUGCUGCGGUUUCCUCGCUUUUUCAAGGUUUAUCGGGCAAUAAAGUAUUACUACAUCGUCGAAAGCCGAACGGUUUGGCCCAAUCUGUGGCGGGUCGUAAAUCUGAUUCACAUUCUGCUCAUCCUGGCGCACUGGUUCGGGUGCUUCUACUUUCUGCUCUCCGAGGCGGAAGGAUUUCAGGGAGACUGGGUCUAUCCGUACCGUCCGGGGGACUACGCCACGCUAACCAGGAAGUACCUCGGCAGCCUGUACUGGUCGACGCUGACGCUGACCACGAUUGGAGACCUGCCCACACCGGAGACCAAUGCAGAACCGUCUCAGUCGGCGGACGGCCCUAGAUCUCUUCCACGCCGUGGACUUAAAUCCCGACUACUGCAGUUCAACUCGAGCCGCGGGUAUGUCUUCACGAUCGUCAGCUACCUGAUCGGUGUGUUCAUCUUCGCCACCAUCGUCGGUCAGGUGGGCAACGUAAUUACUAACCGAAAUGCUAACCGGCUGGAAUUCGAACGACUACUGGACGGUGCCAAAACGUACAUGCGACAUCACAAGGUCCCGGGCGGCAUGAAACGUCGGGUGCUGCGGUGGUACGACUACAGUUGGUCUCGGGGUCGGAUACAGGGUGGUGGUGAUAUCAAUACGGCGCUUGGUUUGCUACCGGACAAGCUGAAAACCGAACUGGCGCUGCACGUGAACCUGAGUGUGCUCAAAAAGGUUACCAUUUUCCAAGAGUGCCAGCCGGAGUUUUUACACGAUCUGGUUCUCAAAAUGAAGGCCUACAUUUUUACGCCGGGAGACUCGAUCUGCCGGAAGGGGGAAGUAGCCCGCGAAAUGUUCAUUAUCGCCGACGGAAUAUUGGAGGUGCUGAGCGAAACGGGCAAGGUGCUAACAACGAUGAAGGCGGGUGAUUUUUUCGGUGAAAUCGGAAUUCUUAAUCUGGACGGGUUGAACAAACGAACGGCCGACGUACGUUCGGUUGGCUACUCGGAGUUGUUCUCGCUGUCCCGUGAGGACGUUUUGACGGCGAUGAAGGACUACCCGGAAGCACAAGAGAUCCUCCAAACACUGGGACGCAAAAGACUGAUGGAGGUGCGCUGCGUGAACAAGAAGCACGCCAGCAAACAUGCCGCGAAGGAACACCACGGCAGUGAUCAUAGCUCAAAUGUACACACACAUAGCAACAAUAACAACAAUAAUCAAGGUGAUAGUAGUGAUAAUAGUGCCUCAAAACGUAUCGUAGAUAAGUUAAAAAGUGAUGUUAAGGGAUUGAAGAACGCGCUGCGAAAGUCAAGAACGGGAACAACUAGACGUAGUAACGAGUCUAUCGAGAUGCAACCACUUCAGGGUAACGCCGGCGGCGGAAGUGGAAGCAGUGGCAGUAAAACGCCCAAAAGCGGACUCCGGCGGAUGGCUCGAGUCAAGUCGGACGAUAUCCACACCGAAGACGAGAGCAAAGAUAACGAAAAAGCGCCAAGUCCCAUUGGCGCCGGGCUUCCAUUGCUGCAGCGACUGCGGCUCCUCAAGGAGAAACAAGACCGCGAAGAGCGUGCCGCGAAAGCGACAGCUACUGCGGCCGCGACUGCUACCUCCACAACCACCGCACAAAUAAUCUCACCGCCGCAUACUCACGUAACCUCUGCCAUAUCACCGCAGGAAUCGAUACAGGAGGAACCGGAACCGGAAGUGAUUGGGGCCGGUUUGCCCCUGUUCCAGCGGUUGCGGAUGCUCAAGGCCAAGGAGGAGCGCCUGGCCAAGGAAGCGCAAGCUAAGCUCCAAGUGACAUCGAACCAAACAUCCAGCUCUCCAUCGCUGAUCCAGAGCCUGAGUCCCACGUCACCGACUCAAGUAAAGGCACCUCCAAGUCCAAUACUGCACACCCGAGGUACACCAAGCGGGCGAGGUUCCAUGCGGGUGUCGUUCAAAGAGCGGAUCAAAAGUAUGCAGCGGCAAGAGUCCAAGGCAGAAACUCGAACAACUCCUGCCAUUCGUGAGACGAGUGACAUGAACCAACACCUACUGACCAGUGGGCCCGUAAAAACUAGUAAACCUUCAGCGGCUCAAACGCUGAAGGAUAAAAUCCGAUCCCUCGGCCAUUUACAGCGAACCGAUGAUCAGCUGAAACCGUGGUCCAAGCUUAAGUUAGCAACCGUAGUUAGCGUAGGAGGAAGCUAUUCCAGUUUGAACAAUAGUCUGAACGAAGAUUCUCCCAUACUCGCACCCGCCAAAAAAGCAGGUCGUCACAAAUCAUCGAUUCCGGCUGAUCUAAACCUCAACUCGCUGGUAUCCACAACUCCUCCACCGAUUCUGUCUGCACCUCCCACAACCACGUCCAGCAAACCAAUGUUCCAACCACCGAGUAAAGUGUUCAGCCGCAGUACGUACAUCGACACGGAAUGUGCCAGUGACAGCGAAGUAGUAAGCAAGAAACAACCCCCGCCUCCACCAGCACGUGUCCGAACGAAACCCAAACCAAUCAAACUGAUCUCCGAACCCAAAGGCUAUCAAAGCUACGUAUCCAUAGAUGACCUCUCGCCUGAAUAUAGCGGCCUUCCGUUUGUAAAGCGCCUCAAAAUACUGAACGAACGCCAAAGGCUUGCCCAACUUGAGGCGGCCAUGCAAACCCGUAGCCUUAGUCUAGACUGUACGGAUUCCAACAGCAGCAAUGCCGGAUACGACCCCGCUGAGCAGCUGUGUCGCAGCAGGAGCGAAGGCUCCCGCAUAGGACAAGUCCGUUCGAAGAGUGCCUCCCCACCCAAAUCAACCAGCAAAGCAACACCGCUCAGUCCAGAAUCGAACGAAACGCCCGAGAGGCGCCAGCUCAAGAGUAUACUCAAAAAGUUGUCCGAAGACAAGCUCGCCCUCGAUCAACGGCAGGGCAUUCAAAACCGGGACCUGAAGAAGCUGAUGCGAGCCCAAACGGUCGAAGGCGCACAAAGUACCACGACGACGACCACCACGACCACUACGAACUCUACAAGUGAAGAAAGUUCCGUAGCGACCGUGGCGGAGAACAUCAACUUCAUCGCACACGAUCCCUUCAUACCGCUGCCUCCGGUCGCCCCAGACGAAGACGAUCUACAAGAAGGGGACCACCAACAAGCGUUGGUCGUCAGCAAUAACGGGUACUACGACUCCACAGUGGAUCCACGGUUUAUCACCAACGGGGAUCCUCACCAUCCACUCAUCGAUGAUUCACCUUCGAAAGGCUCUCUGUCGGCGUUCGGAGGGCAGAGGAAAAUAAUUAAAGGUUCACUCGAGGAGCAGGAAUUUUUCGGCGAGGUGCUACUCGGCAUCAAGCAAGUCAUCCAGACGCAUAUGAAGGAGAUCCAGGUCAAGUUUCAGGACAAAUUCUUCAACCUGGAGCUGGAGGUCAAGAAGCGAGACGACAUCAUAUCAAAGCUGCAGAACCGAAUCCAGGAACUGGAACAGCAAGACCCGCAGCAUGCGGAGGGUGAAAAUGGUUCACUCAUGGAAAUGCGAUCGAUCCAGAUAAAACCAAAGCAAGGAUCUUCCGGCAGCGGCACAUCGAGGUCUUCCGAUGAGUUGCCAUUUAUGCGUGGGGAUUCUCUCGACACAAUUUUCGCCUCAUCUCCUCACUCCGACUCCGACAGUCCCCGUAGCCUAAAAGUCAGUCGUAAUCGGAAGCCCAGAAUUUCUCCCCGCCACCGACUAUUACGCAAUCGACCCCCCAAUCUGAACGAGAGUACCGAUCAGGACAGCUUCGAACGGAGUGGGUCCCCUCCGUCAGCUGCUUUACCACCACCGCCCACUACACAUUUCACAGCAGGAGCUGAUUUAGCUACUGCUGGCACCAUUCCACCACCCGUCCCACCGCGGCGUAUGUCUUCCUCAACCGGUGCCAGCGGUCUCGACCCACGAAUCCGCGGACCCUACCGAGACAUUGUGAUUUCGGAGCUCACCGGAAACAUCGUUUCGGACAGCGUGAUCGUUAACAUUGAAACCAGUUCCAGCUCGGAGCAGUCGCAGUCGGAGAAUGACAAUAACUACGAAGUGGAGGAAGAAGAAGGAGAGGAGGAGGGUAUGGGUGAGUGUGAAGGUGGUGAAGAGGAAGAAGCAGAGGAAGAGGAGGACGACGAUGAGUUCACGAAUGAGUCUGGUAGGUUGGUGGAGAAUCGAGGCAGUCGAAGCAGUGAAGAUGACUUUGAAGAUGACUUCGAUGACGAUGACGAGGAAGAGGAAGAGAUGAACCACAACGAUUGGGAGGUUAGAAUGCUGGCCGCGGAGCUGCAAAAGCGAGAGAGCAUCAGUACGGACUUCCCCAGCGAUUUGGACGAAAGUGACGGACUGCUAAGAAGGCGACGGAAGCGUAGCGAGACCGAUACGGAUGGUAGUGGGGCGGAAUUUGAGGUGCUCCGAAGGCCAAGGGCUUCAAGUCUGGAUCAGCACAACUUGCGGCGGGGAAUGAGCGUAAGUGUGGGAAGCAGUAGCGGCGCUAGCGGCAGUAGAAGGCGAGGCUCGGUAUUUAAGGCAAUGAGUUUCGACCGGGACAAAGAUCGUCUUUGAGAAUUAAGGCUCAGAUGUGAUGUGUGCAUGUUCACCAGUAUCACCAACGUGAUCAUAAUCGAGUGGAGCAAUAGGUAGGGAAAGCAGAGGGAGGGUACUGGAAGGAGAAACCGGAAACCAAGUACGACCAACGUGAAAACGCACUAUAAUAAAGUAAACAAAGAGUAGUAGAAACCAUCCCAUAGAAAAUGAAAGUAAACUUCAAGUUAAUGAAACUAGUUGAAAACUAUAUACGAUUAAAUUCAUGAGAGCCUAUGCAAGCAAAAGUUUUAGGGACUAGCCACAAAAAAAACUUUAAAAAUAGGAAUUUAUGAGAUAGAUUUUUUGUUACGACUAGUGAGUGAACAGAUUUUACGGUUACAAUAAAAAAAGAUUCAAAUUUUAUCGCACGUUUUGCACACACAGAUGAUUGAGAAUUUAGCAUAUAUCCAGAAAUAAUUUGUUUAGAUUGUUACAAAUUUAGUGAUUUUAUAUAUUUAACAAAAGAAAAGCUUUAUAGUUACUAUGAUUUGAUAGCCCUAUUGAGGAUGUGUGGAUAUCAAAUAAGUAAAGUUCCAGAAGUAAAGAAAGAAUUUAUAUCUAGAUUAACGAAAUGCCAAACUAAAUAAUUCAUACGAAAAUGAAUGCUAGUGAAGGAUGGAAAUAGUUUAAAAAUGAUGAAAGUUACUUCGACAUUGAGUGCCACUUGUAUUGACUGAAAUUCAAAAUUCACCAUUAGCGAUGUUGUCGCAAUCACAAAAAGACACCCGAAUAGAAUUGCUCUCUUGGCUCUGAAAUUUUAUUUGCCUACUUUUGUUUUCCCAUCAUGAGCACCUUAAUCGCGAUAAACGAGAAAAAUUUGAGUUAGCCAAACAUCUGAACGUUUUGCGGGGUUUUGCAGUCUAACAAGUGCUUUCUAAUCAGUUAAAUCUACGUCGGUAGUCCCUGGGUGACUCUUGGUAAGAACAAUAUGCCUGCCUCCAGCAGAGACUGUACUUUCGUUAACAUUCGUAUUUCAACAUAAAUUUUGGACAUACUGCUUCAAAAACGGAUGCAAACCAUAACAAAUGGGGGGAAAUCUUUUUUAAGAUCUUUUAGGGAUUCCAAACCUACCUUGAGUUCAGAUCCUGAUGAUCUACAUAAACAACAAAGCGUUUGACGUGGUCUCAAUCCUAAUAUGAAGUUGGCAGUGUUACUUGAGACAUAAUUAAACUAUUUUUUUUAAAUCGCUGUGUUACCAGAACACCAACGGUGCUUCAAACAAUUUUUGAGUUCAGAUAUCUUGGAGGUCUUCAAGACCAACAGAGUGAUUGAUCAGUUCCUUGUGUGUUUUUGUGGAAACCCCAUGAGACAUCAUUACAUCAGUAUUUCAAAAAAAUCAACAUUCCCAGAAUAGCUAUGGUACUCCAAACCAUUCUUGAGAUCAUAUAUUGAAGGUCUACAACAUCAACAGUGAUUCAUAGGGUCCUGAGCUUGUGUGAUAGUUGGAGCAACCCCAUGGGACAUCAUUACACCAGUAUAUACAAAUCACAACAUUUCCACAGUUCCUGCGUUACUCCAAAUCAUUCUUGAGUUCAGAUAUUAGGAUCUUCAAGACCAACAGAGUGAUUCAUAGGUUUCCAAGCUUGUGUGUUAGCUGGUGAAGCCCCAUGAGACAUCACUGCAUCAGUAUAGCUACGGUAACCAAAACCAUUCUUGAGUUCAGAUAUUGGAAGUCUACAACAACGGUUCUCAACCUGGGGUACAUGUACCCCUGGGGGUACCUUCGCUGGCCCCGGGGGGUACCUCGAACAAAAAUGCGUAAUGGCGGAUGGCUCGGAAGGCUUCUGCUGGGUAAGCUCAGAAAGCUCCUGCUCGGAGGCCUCGUUUCAAGAAUACUUCGAAAUACAUCUUUCCAGGGGCUUGGAAGCCUCUUUUUAAGAGUCUCGGAAGCCUAGUUUCAAAAAGUUCGGAAACCUCCUUUCAAGAGACUCGAAAACCUUUUUAAGCGUUCCUUCGAUAAGCGUCCCUUAAAGGUGCUCAGAAGCCUUUUCUUAAGAUACUCGGAUGCCUCCUUUCAAAAGUCUCGGAAGCCUCCGGAGGUCGGAAGUCUCUUUUCAAGAGGCUCGAAAGCCUCUCUUCAAGAGGUUCGGAAUUUUUCAAGAAGCUUGGAAGCCUUCUUUCAAGAGGUUCAGAAGCCUUUUUUAAAAGUUUCGGAAGCCUCUUUUCAUAAUGCGCGGAAGCCUUCUAUCAAGAGGCGCGGAAGCCUCCUUUUAAGAAGCUCGGAAGCCUCUUUCAAGAGGCGCGGAACCAUUUUUUCAAGAGGCGUGAAAUCUUCCUUUCAAGAAGCGCGCAAUCCUCCUUUUAAGGGGCUUGGAAGCCUCCUUACAAGAGGUUCAGAAGCCUUUUUUAAAAGUUUCGGAAGCCUCUUUUCAUAAUGCGCGGAAGCCUUCUUUCAAGAGGCGCGGAAGCCUCCUUUUAAGAGGCUCGGAAGCCUCCUUUCAAAAGGCUCGGAAGCCUCCUUUUAAUAGGUUCGGAAGUCUCCUUUCAAGAAGCUCGGAAGCUUCUUUUCAAGAGGCCUGGAAGCCUCCUUUCAAGAGGCUCGGAAGCCUCCUUUCAAGAGGCUCGGAAGCCUCCUUUCAAGAGGCUCGGAAGCCUCCUUUCAAGACGCUCGGAAGCCUCAAUGAUCCAUCGGAGACUCAAACUCCCUAUCAAGAGGCCCGUAAGUCGUAAUCCUAAUUUCGAGAGGCUUGGAAGCUUCCUUCCUAUAGGCUCGGAAGCCUUCAUUUACAGUGAAAAUAAAAUAUGGGUGACAAAAUCGGAUCAAAAACGUGAUAAAAUCGGGGGUAGACAAAAUCGGGGAGUGACAAAAUCGGGUCAAUACUGUAUUGGAGGUCUACAAGAUCAACAAAGUAAUCCGUAGGUUCCCAAGCUUGUAUGUUAGCUUGAGAAGCUCCAUGGGACAUCAUUACACCAGUAUAUACAAAUCAUAACAUACCCAGAAUAUCUACGAUACCAUACAUGAGCUAUUCCAUUAAAAAUAGUUGAGACAUCGAAGAUUUUCAUGUUGAUCGUUUUGAAUAUUAGGAUCUGUACUCAAGGACAGUUUGGAGAUUCGUAGAUGUCAAGCGAAGUAUGUAGUGUGUCUGUAAUGGUGUUACGAGGUACCGUGGAGCUAUUCCAACUCAUACAACUAGUGAGGACAUUAAAGAUCUUUAUGUUGAUCGAUUUGAAUAUUAAGAUCUGUACUCAAGGAUAGUUUGGAGUGUCGUAGAUGUUGAACGAACUCUCUAGUUUGUCUGUAAUGGUGUAACGAAGUCCCGUGGAGCUAUUCCACCUCAUAAAACUAGUAGGGACAUCGAAGAUCUUCUUGUUGAUCGAUUUGAAUAUUGCGAUCUGUACUCAAGGAUAGUGUGGAGAGUCGUACAUGUCGAGCGAAGUAUGUAAUUGUGUUACAAGGUACCGUGGAGCUAUUCCAACUCAUGAAAAUAGUGGAGACAUCAAAGAUCUUCGUGUUGAUCGUUUUGAAUAUUAAGAUCUGUACUCAACACAUAAAACUAGUGAGGACAUCGAAGAUCUUCAUGUUAAUCGAUUUGAAUAUUAAUAUCUGUACUCAAAGAUAGUUUGGAGUGUCGUAGAUGUCGAACGAAUUCUGUAGUUUAUCUGUAAUGAUGUAAUGAAGUUCCGUGGAGCUAUUCCAACUAAUGUACUUUCGAAUGAUCGACUGUUUAUUGUUAUUUUAACUUAAAACUGCUACGCAGUCUUUAAGGAUUAAAACAAGAUUUAUAUUUGUCCAAAUAUAAAUCUUGUUUUAAUCCUUAAAGACUGCGUAGCCGUUUUAAGCGCAGGAUUUUAUCAUUGAGCAUUUCACUUUCAAUUAUUUAACAAGAAUAUGGUUGAUUCCUAAGAACAUCAAAAUUACAACUCAAGGAUAGUUUGGGAUGCUCUAGAUCAUCGCAGUGCCCGUAACCUGACCUGUGCAGUAUUUUUCCUGGAUGGAGCAUUUAGUUUUGAACAUUUCUGCUGAAGAAAGCAAGGCUCUAUCUCUUAAAACUUAUUUUUGACAGCUGAUUUUCGUCUUGGGUCAUAUAUGACCCAUCCGUAUUGAAUCGGUUAAGAAAACUAGGUGGCCCAAAAGCGUAAUUUUAGGCUGUGAUAUAUGAACUGGUCAUAUUUGGCGUUUUAAUAGAUUUUUUUUAAAUUUUAAAAACUUUCUUAAGGCCUCCAAUACAUCUGGCAGAUUGUGGUGAAGUUGCUCUGAAUGAAUUGAAAUUUUAUGUACCUGAAGCAUGAACCUAUAGUAAUCCAACAAUUCCAUAUAAGUUCCCAGAGCCCAUACGAAUGCUUCACCAUUCAAAUAAGUCCAACUCAGAUGUUCUAGGUUCUCCAAAUUGUCCGGGAGUUGAGCUCAAUUGGUCUACCAGGUCACCUUCGACUGGUAUCAAAGCGAUAGCAACCCAGCGUAUCCAUAUAAGUCCUUAGAGGUCAUGCAAAUGCUUCAGCAGUCAAAUAAGUUCAACGUUCUCAGAUGUUCUAGGUUUUCCAAAUUGUCCGAGAUUUGAGUUCAAUUGGUCUAACAUGUCAACUACGCCUAACAUCAAACCGGCACUAACCCAGCGUGCCCAUAUAAGUCCUUAGAGAUCAUGCGAAUGCUUCAUCAUUCAAAUAAGUACAACGCAGAUGUGCUAGGUUCUCCAAAUUGUUCGGGAGUUGAGUUCAAUUGAACUAACAUGUCAACUACGCCUGAUAUCGAACCGGCAACAACCCAGCGUGUCCAUACCAGUCCUAAGAACCCGUGCAAAUGCUUCACCAUUCAAAUAAGUCCAACGCAGAUGUUUUAGGUUCCCAAAAUUGUCCAGGAGUUGAGUUCAAUUGGUCUACCAGGUCAACUACGACUGGUAUCAAGCCGAUAGCAUCCCAGCGUGUCCAUAUAGGUCCUUAGAGGUCAUGCAAAUGCUUCACCAGUCAAAUAAGUCCAACGCAGAUGUUCUAAGUUCUCCAAAUUGUCCGAGAGUUGAGUUCAACUGGUCUACCAUGUCAACUACGCCUGAUACCAAACCGGCACCCACCCAGCGUGUCCAUAUACAAGUCUUUAGAGGUCAUGCGAAUGCCGCACCAUUCAAAUUCGUGGGCGUCAUGGCCGUGCGGUUAGCGAUGUCAAUCGUAUAGACGCAUGUGCUGCGGAGUGUGGGUUCGAUUCUCGCCCCGAUAAGGAGAAAACGUUUCGAAAAGCGAAAAGUUCUUCGCUGGUCCACUGGGUGUUGUGUAAAAGUUCUGUCCGUUGACUCGUGCUAGAUGUUUAGUGUUCAGUCUGUGCGACCUCGGGUCGAAGACGGUGACUCUGUCCAACCUAGCGUGUCCCAGUCCUAAGAACCCAUGCAAAUGCUUCACCAUUAAAAUAAGUCCAACGCAGAUGUUUUAGGUUCUCCAAAUUGUCUGUGUCCAAAAAAUCCUAAAAUCCCACGCGAAUGCUUCAUCAUUCAAAUAAGCACAACGCAGAUGUUCUAGGUUCUCCAAAUUGUCCGGGAGUUUAGUUCAAUUGGUCUAUCAGGUCAACUACGCCUGAUAUCAAACCGACAGCGACGCAGCGUAUUCAGAUAAGUCCUAAGAGCCCAUGCGAAUACUACACCAUUCAAGUAAAUACAACGCAGAUGUUCUAGGUUCUCCAAAUUGUCCGGGAGUUCAGUUCAAUUGGUCUACCAUGUCAACUACACCUGAUAUCAAACCGGCACCAACCCAGCGUGUCCAUAAAAAUCCAAAAAGCUCACGCGAAUGCUUCAUCAUUCAAAUAAGUACAACGCAGAUGUUCUAGGUUCUCCAAAUUAUCCGGGAGUUGAGUUCAAUUUGUCUACCAGGUCAACUACGCCUGGUAUCAAACCGAUAGCAACCCAGCGUAUCCAUGUAAGUCUUUAUAUAUAUAAGUCUCCAAAAAUGGUACUACAUCAUGUUAAGACUCCAGAGAAUUUUUCGUGAAGAAACCAAUGAUUUUCUUGAAAGUUCUGUACAGUUUCUUGUUGAAAUUUUGAAAAUAUUUCCGAAGAAAAAACUCGUGGGGAAGGUGCGAAGGAUUUCCCGUUGAAAUCCAAAUAAUUUCUCAUUGAAUUUUUGUACGGAAAAGGAUCGUUCAGCAGAAAGCCAUUAAGCCGAAGACCACAGGGCUGGUGGUUGUUCGAUCGAAUAUGUUGCUUGAGUGUCUUAGCGGAACUAACACAAUUAUUAGAUCACAAUUUCUUCUUCUAUAUUUAAUUCCACUAUUAAUAUUUGAAAUUUGGAACAAAUAUUUGUAGCAAAAGUGUAUGAAAGAAGAUGCUGUAAUCUCAUACUCCGUUCUUUAAUUGGAUUCGAGUGAAUAAACUGAUCAACGAAAUCAAACGAGAUCAAAUUUUGACAAUUUAAAAUUCUUUUCACUGAUUAAUCUCGGCAGUCAAGUGAUGUAUACUGAAUUACAAUAUUUAUAUUAUUGAAAAUGUGAAUUUACUGAAUUCUGACAAUCAUUUCAUAAUCUUAAAUAAUUAAUCCUUGCAACCUGUUUCCAUCUUCUAUUAAUAACUUAUUCGUAAAUCUAUGAGAAAUCUAAUAAAUCUUACAACACAUAGCACAAAGUAAUGGGCUAAGUAGAAAACAAAUACAAACAGUUCGAAGACGCUGCAUCUAUCAAACCCAAUUUUAAACCAAUUACUCUUGUUAGUUUUAUAACAACGUCAAAUCUCUUAGAAUAAACAUUCAAUAAGUGGAAAGAACUUUCACAGUAUUAAAAGCGAAGAACAAAGUGCAUCAUUCAAGUGAGUGUGACAUAUUUCAUAAUAAGUAAAGCCAUGACAUAAAUACAUUAACAUAAAAGAUAAACUAAGAAAAUCCUUGAAUAAUAAUCUAGUCAUUAAAAACAGAAAAUAAUCACUAUACGGAACAGAUAACGACCAAAAUUUCUUAUCCACGAUUAGAAAAAAAAUAACUGGAAUUGCAACCGAACACAGAAAAUAAACCCCAACCGUCGAAACCGAUCGGAAAUGUGAUGUGGAACGAAGCAUACGCGCUCAUUGUUUUUUAAGUUCCUGGACAAUUAUCCGCUGUUUUCGUUUAGUUUGUCAACUGUUCAUUUACUGUUUUUAAGUAGAAGUUGCAUCCACAUGAAAAUGUUGAUAAUUGAAACAAGUUGUGUAGGAAGAACACAAACUCAACGAUAUCUUAACGAAUUAGUUGCUUUGGUCCUGGACAAUAGUGCACGAUAUGAUGACUAGUCAAAGAAUUGCUUAAUGAAGUUUAUUAGAAUGCAACUGAUGAACAUUUAUCAAAACAUCAAAACCAACAACACUCAAAUGAAGUAUCCUCCAAACAUGUUCAAUUCCGUCAAAUUGCGAUGACAAACGUAUAAAAAAGUGUUGAUUUGCUGAGCAAUCGUAAACGACUGUUUUAUAUAACGAUAGUUUUUUUUUGUGUUGCUUACGGUGAUUUUUUUUUUCUGUAAAAUUCCUACAAGAUCUUCGGAAAGUGAGAGGAACAUAACAAACAAACGUAGUCGAAAAGCCGAAGAAUAAAAGUGGUCGAUGAAAAAUGCUAGAGCGAAACUUAAGUAAGAAGUGAAAAUCAAUUAACUUUUUUACGAUUAGGAUUCUAUUUAGGGCCAAAAGCGAAUAAAUUAUAUUCAAUAAAAUAGCA